AAUAAACCAACAUGGGGAGCAGCUCCAGGCUCAACAUGCACCUCAAUCCCACGGAGUAAGAGCCUGAGGUACCCCCCAGCCGCCAUAACACAGCCCGCAGCGUCACCGCAACUCCCCCCCGGGGACGAUGUGAGGGACUGGCCGGUUCCUACGCGAGGAAAAACAGCCUCGACCCCUCUCCCACCCCCUCCCGGAUGAUGGACAGGAACUACCCGACUCCCACUUUCACCGACCCGCUGGCUCCAGCCUCCCCCGCUGCCUGGGCCUACGAACGGAGCGCGGCCGGAAUCAAGCCGAGCUUAAGCUAUGGAGCUGGGCAUCCUUCUCAUUCGGAGACGGAGCUUCUUCACAGGCAGACUUAUGCAGCUACUCAUCAGCUCCCUGCAUACGCGACCACUCACCACCCCUCAGGUCUGUCUGGAAUCUUUGACACCAGCCUUCACGUGGCUGGCGGUAACACUACAGAAACCUCUGUCAUGAACUUUCUUUCUGCCAUUGAGUCUCGGACCGCCCAAGCUUCAUCAGGGACAACCCUCCUGCCACAGUUCAGGGCUCCAUCAUGGCAGACUGGCAUGCAUUCCUCAACCGCGACAGAGCUGUUUGUUACUGGAGCGCUGCAAACCUCUGGGACAUUUCCAUCGUCUGCCCUCUCGGCGUAUCAGCACCCGAAUACAUUUAGCUCUAGAAACUUUGCUACAACCCCAUCAUUGGCCCUUCAAGAUGGUACAUUCAGUGCUACAUCAAAUGGUCUUCUUUCUCCCCACGACCCUUUGCUUCAAAUUAAGACAUCACAGACUCCCACUGCUUUGACAUUUGAGCGGCUAGGAAGCGCCGUUUUAAGUACCAGCAUCCCGCAGUCAUCAACAUAUCGAUCUGCCCAGGAAUCUGCACCCCAUCUUUUGCAGCCUCAGUUCAGCUUAUUGCCUUCUGCCCUGGGAGGGGCACAGCAAACCCCUCAGCCAUACAGUACAUCAGUUUUUACUGGUUCCACUGCCUCCAUAGAAAGAGCACUUCAGAGGGAAUGUAGUGUAAUUAAGCACCAUCAGAGGCCUUCAAGUACGCAGUCUGUGCAGGCGCAACUAUCUGGUACGCAGCAUUCCCUGCCAAACUAUUUAACAAGCGCAAGUGGAGCUACAUUACAGGAUGCGUCGAGACAGUCUGCUCUUUUGUGUGCUCCACUUGGAGCACUUACUCAGGUGAGCAAUGGUGCACCGGUGCAGAAAACCUCUCAAGUGUCAGUGGAACUAUCUCAAUCUUACCCAUCCGUCAUACCAUCUCCUGGCUACCCACCAUCUUCUACAAAAACAAAAAACUGCCCUACAAAGGCGCCUCCAAGGUCUUCAAAGACCCCCAAGUCUCAGAGUGUGGUUUCGCCUGGGCAGUCCCAAAGUUACACCAAGUCUUCACAGAACCAGAGUUCUGUCAUUUCAAGCCAAGCACAAGCUUACUCCACAGCACAGCUACCUAGUCUUCUGCCAGUAAGCCAGUCCCCCAGUUAUGUUUCAACACAGUCACCAAACUUGCCAUCUGCCAGUCAAUCACAGGUCUUCUCUGCAAUCAAAACUGAGAAGCUGCCUCCACUUUACAAACCACUCCCUGCAUUUUCUAGCCAAUCCCAAACCAUAACUUCUGGCAGCCAGACACUAAGUUUUUCAUCUGAUCAGACACUUGCUCUGCCUUCAGUUUCAAGUGCGAACUACACUGAUCAAACAAGAGAUAUGUCUUCAACUAACCAAUCACAAAGUUAUUCUUCCAGUAACACUCAGGGUUUAACUCCUGUUAGUCAAUCGCAAGUUAGCUAUUCAUCUCAAUCACAGGUGAUGUCACCCGUCAGUCCUUCAGACAGUUACACUUCAGGACAAAACCUACCCCUGGCUUCACCAUCGCUUCCAUUUACUGCUUCCUCACGUGGACAAAGUUUGUCUACUUCAAGUCCAACUCAAAACUACAUUUCUAUGCAUUCAUCACAGAAUACCCAAGAUUCAAAUUCACCACAAUCUCAGAAGUUUUUGCCAACCGUUCAGUCAUCCUCUUUUUCAUCACAAACCCAUUCACAGACAUUACAGAACAGCAGGACCUCAACGGACUCCAAAUCCUACGCGAAGAGAAAAUCUGAAACCAAUUUGUAUGGAUCUGUGAAACAAGAAGAUAAAUUUCAGAUGCAGGACUUGCAGGCAUUACAACAGACUGCUCUUGAAUCCUCUACACAAGGACUUGGUGAAGGCGAAAUAAAUACACAAGAGACUGCCUACAGUGUUUCGAAGGCCGAUGACCGAUAUUCUCAAAGUGUUAUUAAAAGCAAUUCUCGUCUGGAAGACCAGGUUCUUGGACUGCAAGGAUCUAAAAAAGAUGACCGAAUGAUCAGUCCUGCGAGUCAUAUGUCCCAACAUGUGAGUCAUAUGAAUAACUCAGUCAGCCAUGAUCCCAAAAAGGCAUCAGAGAUGAUUCAGUCCUCACAAGUAAGCGCUAAAGACCUAAGUCCGCAUACAAUGUUACACAAGGUUCAUGAUGCAAAGAUGCAGGAGCAGCCAAGCACAUCUCCUCAGAUGCAAGCUGCGUUAAGGCAUUCUCAGCAUCUCCAGUUGCCGGGAGCACAGGUACUUCUAGAUUCUGGAUGCGAUCUGCAGAUGUUUCAGCAGUCUAUCUUACAGGCAAACUUGGGACAAGCAAAGGCAUCUGCAUCCAUGCAAAGAAUUCAAAGUCCUCAACAGGUUUCACACCAAUUUCUACAGGUGGAUGGACAUAUCAUCCAGAGCAACGGUGGGCAAACUCCACAACCACUCCACUCUCAAGGGUCAGAAGUUGUAAAAAUGGACACGUCCGAUGGGAAACAUUUGCAAGCACAUUUGCAAGCAAAAGAUAAUUUCAGUCAGAGAAGUCGGCUUGAUUCGAAGAAUCAGUUUGAUUCUCUAAACCCAAUGUGUUUCUCAGAGUCUAUGUUGCUCAGUGAUGAAAGGAACUUUUUGUCUCACGUUGAUGACAUAUUAGCAGCCACGGCUGCUCAAGAGUUUGCCAAGUCUUCUGCCGAGGAGAAUAUUUCUGUCAAAAACGAGGAUGAAAAAUCACGUUUUCAGUCUUUAAAUAUAAGGCACAUGUCUCCAAAUUUUUCAACAGGAAAGCAGCAAAAUCUCAAUAACCUUUCUUUAAAUGGUGGCCAAACAGCAAUAAAUCUUUCUGCAGUUUCCUCAAACCAGUCUAAAAAUGUAAAUAUGGAUCCAUCACAUAUUCAACCUCUAGAGCAGGACUUGCCGGGUGGAAUGGGUUCUCCAGUGAUGGGGACCAGUCAAGAAGAUCAUGAGAAGAAUGCUGAGAUAAUUAAGAAGCAUUCUAAUGUUAAUCAAGAGUCUAAAGAUGGCAAUGAUGUACCUGACGAAGGAAGGGAUGCAGAAUUCUUGUCCGGUACCAAGAAUCUUGGGGAAGAAAACGCUGCAUCUGAAGGAGAUUUUAUUAUGGGAUCUGAUGAAAAUACAUCCGUUGGUCAGACACAAAGCCAGCAUAUGUCAAAGACCGAUGCUCAUGUAAGUGGUAGUUCUAGCAGCCAAGUGGAAGAGGACUGCCAAGAUCCAACACAAGACAAUCUUCAAAAAAUGAAAGCAAGAGAGAAAAUGGCAAUGAAACAGUGCGCUGAAGAUGAAAACUCUAAUCUGAAGCCAACAAAACGCAACCCACAAAUGAAGCGGCCCAUUAGCAAAGCUCCCGAAACAAGUAUGCAAUAUUCCUCUCAUGUUUCGGAAGGUUAUUACGAUACGUACCAACACCAGGAGAGGAUGCGACAGAAAAUAAAGGAAGUCGAGGAGAAACAGCCUGAAGUAAAGACUGGCUUUAUUGCAUCUUUCUUAGACUUCCUGAAAACUGGACCAAAGCAGCAGUUUUCAGCUCCUCCUGUCCGUGUGCCCAACAGAAUUAGAAGACCCUGUACCCCAGUAAUAAGGCCACCCUGUACUAGUCCACUUUCUCAACCGCAGUCUGUGACGGGUACCCCGGGUUCUGAGGUCAGUGGCACAAUCUCCCCUAAAAAGCCAGAGGAAGAGCUUAAGAAGAACCUGGAGGCAUUGCCAUCCUUUUCAUCUGAUGAUGAUGAUUCUGUGGGUGGUAAUCAUGAUCUCCAGAAGAGUAUUACUACAGCACUCUGCGCAUUGGAUGAGAAUCCUGAUCGGAAGAACAAAGUGGAGCGCAAAUCACUAUUUGGCUGCACCCCCUUAUACAAAACGUUUUAUUUUUUCUAUCAAACUUAUCCAGACGCUGAAAAGUCAGGAGCUCCAGUAAAGCAGGAGUCGGCUCCAGCAUCUUCCCCAAGAAAUGCCGCAGACAAAUCACAAACGUCCAAUUCCCUAAAACCCGGCCAGUCUGAUGGCGCGCAGCCUGAGCAGCUGGCCAAAGCCCAGGAGACGGUCGCACUCGAAGGCUGCACGGAGGAUGAAAACGAAGAGAGCAGCGGAGAAGGAAUCUACCGAGAGCGGGAUGAGUUCGUGGUGAAGAUAGAAGACAUAGAAAUGCUCAAGGAAGCACUAUGUACUGGAAAAGAACCCCCGGCUAUUUGGAAGGUCCAAAAGGCAUUGCUCCAGAAAUUUAUCCCUGAAAUUCGAGAAGGACAACGGUCUUUUGCUGCUACCAACAGUUACCUUGGGUAUUUUGGAGACGCAAAAACAAAGUAUAAACGCGUUUACGUGAAGUUUGUUGAGAAUGCAAACAAAAAGGAGUAUGUAAGGGUUUGUUCUCGAAAACCGAAGAGCAAAGCCACCACGACCGCAAGGUCCUCGCAUGCCAAGGUAAGCGGGAACAGCAAGGCAUCGGAAACUCCUCCGCAGAAAAGCGCACCUCCCAAAGCCGUGUCUGUAAAACCCAAAGCCAAACAGCCCAAGACGAAGGCUGAACCUCCACCAAAAAAGAGGAAGCAGUGGAAAGAGGAGUUCUCUUCUUCUCAAUCCGAUUCUUCUCCGGACAUGCAGAGUGACGAGGAAGAGUUUGAGCCUCCACCUCCCCCAGUUGUCACUCGCUUUUUAAACACAAGAGCCAUGAAAGAAACCUUCAAAGGAUACGUGGAGCUUCUCGUUAGCCUUGCUUUGGACGGAGAUACGAUGCAAGUCUUGGAAAAGGAAAAUGAUGACGUUCUUCUGCCGCAUAUGAGAAAAAUCGAAGGCAUGUUAAAUGAGAACAGGAGAAGGCUACUAGCCAAAUUACAGCUAGAUCAGCCGCUGAAGAAUGCCUUGGAAAACUAUCCCGAUAUUACGACAAUUACUCGUGACACAAAAGGCAAAUCAGGAGGCUCCUCUGUGUGUAAGAUCAAAACAAGUGGGAAGUGGUAUAACAAGAAAACACUGCGGCCAGCAAAAACGGCAGCAAAACAGACGCAGGAAUUCACUGUAGAUCCUGAGAAGUCACAGUUGUGUUCUCUAUACCACGCACUCCAUCAUUACAAGUACCACAUAUAUCUUGCAUGCAAAGACGAGAUUACCUCUGUUCAGAAAACAAACAGAGAUUUGAAGCAAGAGGAGCUGAUCAAUCACUGUCUGAAAAACAUGAAGUGGGUGGAGGACCUCUUUGAGAAGUUUGGCGAACUUUUGAGUCGUGUGCAACAGACAUGUUCUUAAGUUGCAGUCUUCUGCCCUCCUAGCAGUAUAUCCCCCUCCCGACAGCGCUAACAUACUGGAAGAAGAAAUAAAAACUCUUGGAUCACAUAGAUCACGCCAGGCUCUCGCCAGUAGACUAGUGAAAUUGCUGUUUCGUGCCCUGCAUCCAUGGAAGCCGCAUUGGCGAAGAACUGUCGGCCCAAUAACGCCUGGGCAGCAAGCACGUUUUUAUCCUGGCCUUUUUUUUUUUCUUUUUUCCUAUGACUUUUUCUUUUUCUUCUAUUUUGUAAACUAUUUGGGUAAUUUUUAUUUUAAAGAAACCCUGAUUUUUUUCUUUUUCUGCAAAAUGAUACAGCAUGCACUAAAAAAAAAGAUAUAGAAUACAUUUCUUUAUUAUCUAUAGCGAUAACACUUUAAGAUGCUUUACUACAUUUUUUUUUUGUUUACCCGCCGCUAUAAAUAAAAACCCACACCCCUGAAAGGUUUAAGGUGGAGGUACACAAACAAUAUUUGCAUUUAUCGUUUUCUGACCACCGCAUUAAAAAGGGUGUUGUACAUUUUGUAAAACAGAGUUGGCGGGACGUCACAUAUGAUAACCACCAUGAUUUAAAAAAAGUUGGAAAAAAAAAUAAUAAAAAAAAUAAAUAUUACAAACUGUUAUGCUUUAUGGACACCUUUUACAUUUUAUUGUUCAGGAGACUGGACAUGGAGCUGGUGCAAUCCUAUGACUGCUUUUUGUGUCAAAAUAUAUUAUAAUGGAGAAAAGAAAAUGACCUUAACUAUUUUCCCUGUUUUGAAGAAAACUAUUUUCAUUUAUACUGUUUUUUGUUUUUGUUUUUUUCUUUAAAACAAAUCAAUUGUACAUUUUAUCUCACUAAUAGUUGUAUUUUUCACAGAGGAAAUAUUGUGGUUCAAAUUUGUUUCAUGGAUCUUUGUAAUACACUUCCCAUGGCUUUCAGCAAAUCCUAUUCAUUUAUAUGUUGAUUUCAUAUUGUACUUCCCUUCGAUGUUCGAUACAGUAACGGCCUGCAGAUGUAUAGCAGGCUUACUUUAGCUUUUACAUGUAGCUAUUAGGCAUUGCGACCGUUUUCUGAUCCUUGGAAAUAAAUUCCUUACUAAACUUGCACUUGACGAACGGAGCUUUGAUCAGCGAA